CAUCCAACGGCCCAAACAGUCUCAUAUCCCCAACCAUAUCCAUCACUCCCAACAAAAAUCCAACUCUUCACUGAAUCACUCUCAUUGUUUCGGCUCCAACUCCGGCGAAAAUGACUUCCAUUGCUCUGAAAUCCUUCGUUGGCCUCCGCCAAACCUCUUUGGAGAAGCCCCAUUUGACUUCCCAAGCGAAACCCAGCUCGAUAAAUCCCAGAAAACUACGUGUCAUUGCCUCCAAGUCCGCUCCGAAGCUAACCAAUCGAAACCUCCGGGUGGCCGUUAUCGGUGGCGGACCAGCCGGAGGGGCUGCUGCCGAUACCCUCGCCAAAGGCGGUGUGGAGACGUACCUAAUCGAGCGUAAGAUGGACAACUGCAAGCCCUGUGGCGGAGCCAUCCCUCUUUGCAUGGUAGGGGAAUUCGACCUCCCUUUGGACAUCAUUGACCGCCGCGUCACCCGAAUGAAGAUGAUAUCUCCCUCGAAUGUUGCCGUUGACAUCGGCCAGACCCUGAAGCCCCACGAGUACAUAGGGAUGGUACGGCGUGAGGUCCUGGACUCGUAUCUACGGGACCGGGCCAAGGCGAGCGGCGCCGAGAUCAUCAACGGGUUGUUUCUAAAGAUGGACGUGCCGAAAGAUGGAGUUUCUCCGUACGUGCUGCAUUAUACAGGGUACGACGGGAAAGCCGGUGGGGUUGGGGAGAAGCAGACCUUGGAGGUGGACGCGGUGAUCGGCGCCGAUGGGGCUAAUUCUCGUGUCGCCAAGGGCAUUGGUGCUGGUGAUUACGACUACGCCAUCGCAUUUCAGGAGAGGAUCAAAAUCCCUGAUGAUAAAAUGGUAUACUAUGAGAACCUUGCCGAAAUGUAUGUGGGAGAUGAUGUUUCACCCGACUUCUAUGGUUGGGUCUUCCCCAAGUGCGAUCAUGUGGCUGUUGGCACCGGCACUGUAACCCACAAAGGAGACAUCAAAAAGUUCCAACUUGCAACAAGGAAGAGAGCCAAGGACAAGAUUUUGGGUGGUAAGAUAAUACGAGUUGAGGCACACCCAAUCCCGGAACACCCCCGCCCGCGCAGGUUAUUAGGAAGAGUGGCUUUGGUAGGAGAUGCGGCCGGGUACGUUACUAAAUGCUCUGGCGAAGGUAUCUAUUUUGCUGCGAAGAGUGGGAGGAUGUGUGCUGAGGCUAUCAUCGAAGGUUCGGAGAAUGGGAAGAGGAUGGUGGAUGAGGGCGACUUGAGGAAGUAUUUGGAGAAGUGGGACAAGACUUACUGGCCAACAUACAAGGUGUUGGAUGUGUUGCAGAAGGUGUUCUACAGGUCGAACCCGGCAAGGGAAGCCUUCGUGGAGAUGUGUGCAGAUGAAUAUGUGCAGAAGAUGACUUUUGAUAGCUACCUGUACAAGACAGUGGCGCCUGGGAAUCCUCUGCAGGACUUGAAGUUGGCUGUGAAUACCAUUGGGAGCUUGGUGAGGGCUAAUGCACUUAGGAGGGAGAUGGACAAGCUUAGCGUAUGAAAGAAAUCAAUUUUAGUGAUAUAUCUGUUUUUAAAUUUGUUAGUACUUCAGCAUGGGGACAGUUUCUUAGUACCCAGGAAUUCAAUCUGCAUUUCAAGUUUAGUUGAUCAGAUGUUCUCCAGUUAUGAUGUGAUUGUUAUAUAGACAGUGCAUCGAUGUAAUACCAUGCCUGUAAUGAUGUUCUAUAGAACUUUAGGCAACAUGCAGUCAAUGAAUGCAGAAUGCCUUGCAUAUGCUGACUAUCUUUAA